CUCUCUCUCUCUCUCUCUCUCUCUCUCUCUCUCUCUCUCUCUCUCUCUCUCUCACACACACACACACACACACACACAUGGCAGAAUCUCAAUUGCUAGACCAAGGUCUAAAGUCCAACUAAUUUUCAAUACCCAUUCUUUGAGGGGAAAAAACAGCUCAUUUUCAACCUAGUUUUGAGUGUGUGUGGGUUGGCAAGAUCGAGAGUAGUAAUGAGCUUCUCAGAGGCCUCCUACCUCCAGCAAAAACAUAUGCAUGCCACCGUGAGACAAGUAGUUCCCCUCCUUGAAUGAGCCUACACCUAACUCUCCUUCUCUCUCAAUAAAUACCUCCAUUCUUUCUCUCUCUCUCUCUCUCAUUUAGCAUCCCAACUCACUCUUCUAACUUUGGCCUUCAGACUGAUAAAAAAAAAAAAACUUUGGCCUCCAGACAUUUUCUUCCAUUUCAAAAGUUUCAUCACCUUCUUGUCUGCCUUAAUUAGCUUAAUUUGCCGCCUUUAAAAACCAUGGCCUUUUCAAGAGAAAUCUUCAUCGCUUCACUGUUUCUCUCUUUUCUGCUUUUCCAUCUCACUACUGCCAACCAAAAGAUGGACAUCUAUGAGGCACAGAGCCCUGUCAGCCCAGCUCCUCAAGCGUCACCAAUAGAUUGUGGAAAGGCUUGUAAUUACCGGUGUUCAACGACAAAGAGGCCAAGACUGUGCAAUAGGGCAUGCGGGAGUUGCUGCAACCAGUGCCACUGCGUGCCGCCAGGGACUUACGGCAACUACUGGGCCUGUCCGUGCUAUUUCAACCUCGUUAAUCCCCGCACCGGGGGUCGCAAAUGUCCUUAAUUGAGAGGAUUUUAUUUGAUUUUGUUCGAUUCUGCUUAAGCUUAGGAAUCAAGUUUUUUUAAUUGAUGUGAGAGAUGCUAUGUAUUUUGUUCAUUUUUCAAUUUUAUCUGAAUUACUAAUAAAGAGAUGUCUGCCUCUGCCUUGUACGUUUCCUUAAAAGAAGUCUUUAUAUACUUGAAAAUAUGAGGCAUAUUUGUGUUGGUCUUCA